AAGUAAAAUCGAUUCAAAAUAGGAAAAAAUAUCAAACGUGAUCAUUCAAAAUCAAGCGAAAAAUAAACAUAGCUAGUGAUAGAAAGAAAACCAGAUAAAUGAAAUCAUAAAACAAAAACUAAGUUUUCAUGAAAUGAAAAACAUUAUUCAAUGAAAACAAAACCAAAAUCUAAAAACUCCAGGUUUCAACCGCCACAUUCCACCAUCAACCUUCAUAUGUAACAGAUAAUUAUUUUAGAAGUUCAAUAAUAUCUUAAAGUAUUUUGGAUACAUAUUAAGAAUUAAGAUCAUAUUUGGUAGAAGUUCUUUUGUGAUUUUAAAUGUUUCGGGUUCUAUCGGAUAUCCAUUUAGGUUCGGGUUCGGUUCGGAUAAUACCCAUAACCCAAAAUACCAAAAAACAAGAUCCAUUCGGUAUUUAUAUCGGGUUCGGAUCAGUUCGGAUUCGUUUUUAUCGGAUCGGGUUCGGUUCGGAUUUUCGGGUUCGGUUUAUUUGUCCAGCCCUAAUUUUGUGUAUAAAGUCUGGUCAAAGAUUAACUUUAAAUUAUUUUGACUAAAAUUAUAGAUUUUUUUACGUUUACGAUAAAUGCAUUUAAGAUGUCAAAUGUAUAAAGUAAUUAUUACAUUGAUUCCGGUAAUGUUUCUGGGUCAUUACUCUAACAAGAAUCAGUAAAGGAAUGUCUAUGUAAAAAGAUAUGAUACGAAAAUUAAAUUUGACAUGCUUCUAAGAAUGUUAUUUCAUUUUGAAUAACCGCUAAUUGACACAUUGAUUCCACAUUUAAUACUUCGUAACGUUUCAAGAUAUAAGACUGACCUUCACCGAUCACCAGUGUAUAUAAAUUAUAGAGUGUUUUCAAUUUUGAGACACAAAACAAAUAAAAUGUCAACUAUAAUUAUGAUGAAUCUGAUAUCUCUUCUGUUUUCAACAGCUAUAGUUCAUUCCAAUCAAAGUACAGUACCUCUCAGAUCAUUCAAGAUAAGUGAAAAUGUAACGUAUGAUUGCAUAGAUAUUUACAAGCAACCAGGGCUCGAGCAUCCUUUGCUAAAAACCCACAAAAUUCAGAGGAAAUCAUCAAUUUCAAGAAAUGAGUUAAAGAUGCAAACCGGCAAAAAUGAAACGUCUAACAAAAGGAAAAUAGUAUGUCCAAAUGGAACUGUUCCCAUAUUGAGAAAUACAAAAGAAUAUGUCACAAAUUCGCAAGUGUUUGCUGAGAAACAUUUUCAUCCGUUAUCAGCCGAUAGUCCUGGAACGCAUAUUGCUGGAGUAAGAUCAUCCAUUGGUCCAUUUCGGGGUGUACAAGCUUGGUUUAGUGCAAAUGCGCUAAACGUGGGAAAGGAUCAAGUCUCGUAUAGUCAUAUAUAUAUAGGCAGUGGAUCGGAAAACCAAGUCAAUUAUAUCUCAGCGGGUUGGACAAUAAAUCCAGGUCUAUAUGGCGACCAACGUGUUUGGGCAUUUGGAUUUUGGAAGGGUAAGGAUGGGAAAGGAUGUUACAAUACCGCAUGUUCAGGGUUUGUUCAAGUAUCAAAGGUGAUUCCAAUUGUCGAGCCCAUUGAUCUUAAGCCAGGGGUCCCUGGCUGGUUUCGAUAUUUCAUUCAUCAGGAUAUAAAUACAGGAAACUGGUGGAUUACACAACUUAUGCAAAAGUCACCUGAUAUAGAUAUUGGUUACUGGCCAAAAGAAUUAUUUAACCUUUUAGAAAAUGGUGCAAAUAUGGUUGGAGUUGGUGGUGUGGUUCAGGCUUCACGUUCUGGUUCAAGCCCUCCCAUGGGUAAUGGUAAUUUUCCAAAUGGAGGCCGCCUAGAUUCAGGACUUUUUUCAAAUAUUGAUGUCUUGAAUUCCAACUAUGAGCAGCGUAAAAUAAAUUCUUUUCCUGUAGAGAAUUUGUUAGAUAGUGAGAAAUGUUAUGGGCUAAGAAUUGGUACGGUAAAACCAUUCCAUCGUAAUCAUCUAGGUUUCUUCUUCAAUUAUGGUGGUCCGGGAGGGAAUUCAUGUGGAGUAUGACAUUUGCCAACAUAUAUACUCUUUAAAUUGGCAUUUUAUAAAUUUAUUAUAAAUUAGUAAAAUGCAAA